CCUCAAACUUACGAAGAUUCGGUGGCGCAUAUACGUAAACGUUUUGAAGCACUGAAUGCCAAUCCACAAAAGACAAUCUAUGUGCACCAGACAUGUGCCACUGAUACAAAUCAAGUGCAGAUGAUCCUAGACAGCGUGAUCAGCAUGGUGAUACAAACCAAUCUACAUAAAUCUGGCUUGUACUAA